GCAAUCUGCAUUGACUCAUCACCGCAGAAUUGCAAGGGAAACGCUGCUGUUCCCAUUUUGAAGAUGACGAAACUGAGGGAGUUGGUGCCGUGAGGAUGCAGUAAUGGCUAAGAUACUGUUCCUGUUCUCUAAGGACUCACAGACUAGAGCAGUGGUUGCUGUCUCGCCAUGAUCUUGCCCCUCCAAGGGACAUUUCUGAAGGUCUGGAGCCACUUCUGAUUGGUAAGGUACAUAAAAGAGAAAUCUUGAGAUGAACAUCAGAACAACACCAAACAGGAACACAGUUGUGUAAAGCAGAAAGACCUCAUUAAAAUUAUAUUGUUGCUUUUUAAGUUACUUAAAAAACAACAAUGACCUUUUAAAACUCAGAACAUUUUGGGGUUUUAAUUAAUACUUUGAUGUGAUUGUUUAAAACCUCCAUGCUGGACAUUUUCAGGUUGCAGUGAAGAGAGGCAUGCUCAGGGUAUCAAAGGUCACAGUGUUUAUGGAGAAAAGAUGUUGACGCGAACGCAAAAUCACUAGAGUUCUUGUGACCUGAUUCUUGGUCAGAUUUCAAGAGCUGGUGCCUAUAAAUCUUCCAUCACUAUGGUGUCUCAGAUACUCCAUCUCUAUUUCUAUUACUUGUCCUUCUCCUGCCAUUAAGGACCAACUGACCCUGUGAAACUCAAAUUUUGUGAGUUUAAUCCUGUGAAGACAGACUGUGGGACGGAAACUGCAAGAGGAGAUAUGGUUUGAUGCCCUUCGUGAACACCUCUUCUGCAUCAAAAAACCUGGUUCACCUGUGGCUCAGGUGCCAUUCUUUGGUCCAACCAGCUGUGGCCAGAAGAGCAGGAUUACGUACGUAAGGCAUGAGAUCACAUGCCUGAAGGGCCAUCUGGUACAGCUUAUGGUGUCUUAUGCCUAUUACCUCUUUCUUAGCAAAGGACAUGGUCCUGGCAAACGUUCAAAGCAGAUAAAGUCCUCUUCAGUGUAUGUCAUAACUCGAAAUGCAGAAUCUAGACACUUCUAAGAACUUAAAACACAUACCCUACUUCACACCCAUUAGAUGACUGCUAUUAAAAAACCAGAAAAUAACAAGUGUUGACAAGGAUGUGGAGAAACUGGAACCAUUGUGCACUGUUGUUGAAUGUAAAAUGGUGCAGUUCCUGUGGAAAACAAUGUGGUGGUUCCUCAAAAAAUUAAAACUAGAACUGCCAUAUGAUUCAGCAAUUCCACUUCUGGGUAUAUAUACAAGAGAACUGAAAACAGAAGCUCAGAGAUAUCUGUGCACUCAUGUUCGUAGCAGCACUAUUCCACUAUGCACUUCCACUAAAAGGUGGAAGAAACCCAAGUGUUCAUCAAUGGCUGAGUAGAUAAGCAAUAGAAUAUUAUUCAGCCUCAAAGAUAAAGGAAGUUCUGACACGUGUUACAACAUGGAUGAAACUUGAGGAUAUUAUGCUAAGUGAAAUAAGCCAGUCGCAAAAGGACAGUACUGUACCAUUCCACUUCUAUGAGCUACCUACAGUAGUCAGAUUCAUAGACAGAGAUAGUAGGAUGGUGGUUUCCAGGGUCUGGUGGAAGGGGAAAAGAAUGAAGAGCUAUUAUUUAAUGGAUGCAGAAUUUCAGCUUCACAAGGCUGGCUCCUCAUCAUAGUGGCGAGAUGGCUAGAAGCAGCUCCAGACUUACAUCUGACUGGUUAAAUAACUAUAAAAAAGAGGGCUACAAAAGGCAAAGGACAAAUAUUCAUUUGAUUGUCUCAGAUAACAGGUACAGUCCAAUCUCUAUGGCCAGAAGAAAGGCAUAUAUGAAAUGGACUAUAAUGCAACCAGUAAGAACCACUGUAGUCUGCCUAAGAGUUAUAUUUCUAAUUGUCAAUCCAUUCAUUGAUAUUCCUGGUUGCACAGCUGUCUUUGUAACCAGGGUUGGCCCCAGGAAACUAUUCCCUUUGAGUGUGCUGAUAUCCUUCAGAACUGAGGUUCAUGCCUUUAAACAUGAUGAUCCCACUGAGGUCCUACCACCCUUUGAGGCCCUGAAUGGGUGUUCUGCCUUUCCAGGGAGAACUUCAAGAUGGCGGAGGAGCAAGACUUGGCGAUCAUCUUCUUCCCCACAAAUACAUAAGAAAUACAUCUACAUGUGGAACAACUCCUACAGAACACCUACUGAACGCUGGCAGAAGACCUCAGACCUCCCACAAGAGCUGAAAUCUAUGCAGAUAGAUCAACCACAUCGACACUGAAAUAUAGACAAGUAUAAAUGGCUAAGUAGAUCCUUGUUGGUUAUCUAUUUUAAAAACAGCAGUGUGGUGUCUUUAUAAGGCAGAGGUCAAGACAUACAGAAAGAGACACCAGGGAUGCAGCAAGAAGGCAACCAUCUACAAGCCAAGUAGAGAAGCUUCAGAGGAAACUAACCCUGCUGACAACUUCAUCUUAGACGUCUAGCCUCCAGAACUGGGAGAAAAGAAAUCCCUGUUGUUUAAACCUUCCUGUGUAUGGUAUUUUGUUAUGACAGCCCUAGCAAACUAAUACAACAUCUUAAUGAGGGAAGAGAAGAGGGGAUUCAGAAAGAUAAAUACAAAUGAGGGAGGAGUGCACGCGAAUGUUUGAAUAACCUACAGCAAGAUUGGGCUAUUAGAGAGUGUUGUCCAAGGAGUCCCAGGAGAAACUAAAUCUUCCAUCAAAUCACAGCACUCUUCUUCCCAAGGCACUGAAGGAAAAUAUGGAAGACAUGGAUCAAAAGCAAGACUGCAGCACUUUGUGGUGAGCAAGGCUAGGUGUCGAAUUCCAUUAGAGAGCUCUGGUUUGCUGGGUUAGGGAACAGAAGGUGGCCUUCUCUCUGUAGCCUGACUUCACACCAGUUUUAGCCUCCAGUUGGUUAUUCAGGAGGAAUGUACACAGAAGAGAAGAAAAUGCCAUUCUCGGCAGUUUCAGCUUUUUAAAUUUAUUGUUGAGUAAAUCUGUGCUAUUUAUA